AUGUCGUUUCUCGCCAGGGCGCAUCGGUUGUUGAAGCCGCAUCGCCUCAUCGCCUCGCUCGUCCCCGCGUCGUCCGCCGUGAGUCGCGCACCUCCGUCGCGCGAAGCGGCUCUGCCGAGGGAGCUGUGUCCGCCAGAAGCAAGUCCGCGCGCCCUUGCCGUCGCGCAACGCGCCGUUGGCAGCGGCGCGCGUGAAUCGGAUGAUCCCGCGGAGCCCUGGCAGCGCUGGCCCUCCCGCGAGCCAGGCGUCGCACGCGAUGCUGCGCGCGCCGAGACGCACGUGGCGGGUGGGACGAGCGGCUUAGGCGGAGCUGCUGAAGGCGCGGGGUGGCGGGGCAUGGCGGCGGGUGGGGCGGACCGUGGCGGGGAGGUGGGGGCCGGCGCUUGGGCGCGGGUGACGCGAGGCGGACAGGCGGUGAGCAGCACGGCGAAUUCUGGAAGCGGGUGGGGAAGGGGACUGCCGUCACGUCGCCUGCUGUGCUCCGCGCCUUCCCUCGCCGCCGCUGCUGCCGUGGAUGGCGGUGGCAACAGCGGCGGCAUGGAGAUCUUCAACCGGCGGUUGAAGGCGAUGCAGCGGGACAGAGCAGCGGCUGACAUGGCAUCGCCUCAUGACGAGGUGCCACAUGGCGAUCCCUUAGUGGAGCAAGUGGCGUCCGUCCUCCUCGACCGCCUGGCAGACUGCCGCCGCACCUUCUCCUGCGUGCUGCUGCUGGGCGGGGCGGCUCUGCCCUCCGUGCUCUCCACACUGCUGCGCACCCACCCAGCCGUGCAGCGAGUGGUGGUGGUGGACGUGUCCCCCACGGCCCUCGCACUCGCACGCGCUCACCUGCCUGCCCACGCCGUCUGCUGCAAUGAUGGCCUCCCUGCUGCCACUCACACCUCCACUCCGCUGCACACUGCACACCCAGCAGCAGCGUCAACAGUAUCAGAAGCGUCAGCAGCAGCGAGGGUGGAGGUGGCGUUUGUGUUGGCAGACGAGGAGCACCUGCCCUUCCACGCCAGCUCCUUCGACGCUGUAAUAUCGUGCCUGGGGCUGCACUGGGUCAACGACCUGCCUGCCGCCAUGACGCACAUCAGGAGGGCGCUGAAGCCCGAUGGGCUCUUCCUCGCUGCCAUGCUCGGCGGCGACACCCUCAGGGAGCUGCGCAUAGCAUGCACGUUGGCACACAUGGAGAGGCAGGGCGGCGUGGCGGCUCGAGUGGCUCCCAUGGCUCAGGUGCGAGAUGCAGGCAAUCUGUUGACGAGAGUGGGCUUCGCGCUGCCCACCGUCGAUGUCGAUGAAUUCCCAGUCGCCUACCCCUCAGCGGUGCAGGUGGUGCAGCACCUGCGGUGGCUGGGUGAGACCGACUGCACUCUGCACCACACCCAGCCAUUGCCGCGUGACACGGCACUGGCAGCAGCGGCCAUCUACGCGCACAUGUUCCCCGUGCGCCCACCCUCCUCCUCGCAACCUCAUUCGCCACCAGACCUUGCUCCUGGAGCACAGGCGAGGGGGGAAGAAGCAAAAGGGAGGGAUGACGAUGGUGUUGUCGCUACCUUUCAGGUCAUCUUCAUGGCGGGAUGGGCGCCCCACGAGUCGCAGCAGAGGGCUCGCCGUCGCGGCUCUGCGUCCGUGUCGCUGCAUGAUCUGCACCACUCUCUGCCCGCCAAGCCGUGA